GCCAUCUUUGUGUUGUUCUGUGGAGGGGAGAAAGUGCGAGGGCGUAGCGACGUUUCGUCGCGCAUUUCUCCUGUUGUAUAGAGGAGUCGCUAUAAAAGCCAGGUACAGCUUCCAAGAAGGUGCAUUCCAAGCAGAGUGCAGCUAGGCCCCCAAAGGCAGUUCCUGUGGUGUCUCAGAAGGAUCAAGACAUCUGCAUCAUGGCCUGUGGCAGUGUUCCUGUGACUGAUCAGCAGGCUUGGUAUGAGCACAUGAUCCGGCAGCAGAAUGGGAUGGCAGCCCAGCCUUCGCCAUUCACUGCUUUGGGCUUCGGCGAGCCAGGACUGGCGAUGCGCGCCGGUCACAUCAGCGCCGCCGGCCACUACGGCUUCCAGCCGCCGCUCCAGCCGGACCAGCACAUGGCCGACAAGGAGAACGACGCCGGCGACGGCGGCGCCUUCCGCAACGGCUUCCACGGCGGCGGCGGUGACGUGGCGGCCGCGUCCCUGUGGGCGGGGCGCGGCCCGGUAGCCGGCGGCAGCGGGAUCGGCCCGCUCGGCGGCUACCUCGGCGAGCGGAAGCGUGCCCGGGAUGAGGUAGUGUUCCAAGAGUUCAAGCGAAGACGGCUGGCAGACCAGCCGGCGCCGGUGCUGCCACCUGCCGGCGGCUCGCCCGCAGCGCAGAGCACCUCCGUCGAGGAGAUGCGCUCGGCCGUGGUCGCGUCCGCCCAGUAUGACCAACUGUACGCCGGCGUGCAGCACGACCUGCUGAUGGAGGAGCACGGCUGCUAGACUGACGAGGCCUGAGCGGCGCCGAUCUGUAACUGUCGUGCCGUGACAGGCCUGUCACGGGGUUGGGGGGCUUGCUGCGCGUGUGACGCGACGGCGGUGUGGAGCGCCUCGCGCUGGCUUCAACUGCACUGCCUUGGUCCUUGUAUACAUCUCCUGCUGUCGCCUCCAGUGGCAAGUGGGUGGAUGGAAAAGUGCUUUGUGCUGCCAAAAAUAGAUGACUGUCGUGUGCCAAGUGUUCGGAGACACCUGCGACGUGUUACGGAGGUGAACCUGCGAUCCACGGAGCGUUUUCAACAAGAGCUGGGUGUCGUCUUCGGCCAGAAUAUGUGAGUGUAAAUAAUGUGCAUUCUGAGUGACUUCCGGGAAGUUCGCGGUGCUUGUGCACAGCCGUACCGUUCUGUAAUCGUGUGUUCUCUUGCUCUGAUCUCGCGAGACCUCUCCGGCGAGGACUGCCGGUGGUCGCCUGCCAUUAAACCCAUCGCUCGUUCCUUUUUGUGUGUUUCUCGAACUUCGUUUGCUAAGUUUGCCCUGUCUCGGGUCCGACGGGCGAUGGCCUUGUCCUUUUCUGUCGCGCCGGGACGCGCGCUGGUUUGUCGCGUGGGCCGCGCUGGUUUUGUUCGGUAGUGUGUCGCCCUUUGGUGGGCUGGGUUUGCUAGCGCCCGUCACCAUCGCUCGCCGGCCCAGCGCCGUGAUCUGGGCGGCACGCCGCACGCUUGUAUAGCGUUUUAGUUGUCUGCCGCCUCUGCUGCGGUGGUUCGUCUGCGUGCGUGUGUUUAGUCCAGUUGUGAUAGUGUGCAAACGGAGGCCACCGGUCGCAGCAAAACGCAAAACGAUAGUGCAAGCUGACGAAUCAUCGGCGCCGAGCUGUAGCCCAGUUUUGAUAUCACCAUGCAAAUACAAACUAUC